AACCUCAGAGCCGCGCGCAGACAGCAGCCGCCUUGUUCCGCAGCGCAGUGGCUUUUUUUUUUUUUCCCCUCCCAUGGGCCAGACAUCCCCGCCCCAACCCCCAGUCUCCACCUCUCCUGGCGAUUCUUUCCGCCCUGGCGUUGAGAGCGUUAACCCCCGAGCUUUUCACACCCCCCACCGCUCCCGCCCAAGGUUCCUAAAAAAGAAAGGUGCAAAGUUUGGUCCAGAUAGGGAAUGAAUGAUCAAAGCCAAGCCGAUACUUCCUGUUGCCGGGACGCUAUAUAUAACGUGAUGAGUGCACGGGCUGCGGAGACGCACCGUAGCGCUCGCCCCGCCGCCGCCGCCGCCUCCGAGCGCCUGAGGUUUCCCGGGGACCACAAUGAACAAGUUGCUGUGCUGUGCGCUCGUGUUCCUGGACCUCUCCAUUAAGUGGACCACCCAGGAAAACUUUCCUCCAAAGUACCUUCAUUAUGACCCAGAAACCUCUCGUCAGCUGAUGUGUGACAAAUGUCCUCCUGGCACCUCCCUAAAACAGCACUGUACAGCGAGGCGGAAGACUGUGUGUGCCCCUUGUCCUGACCACUACUACACAGACAGCUGGCACACCAGUGACGAGUGUCUGUACUGUACCCCCGUGUGCAAAGAGCUGCAGUAUGUCAAGCAGGAGUGCAGUCGCACCCACAACCGCGUGUGUGAAUGCGAGGAAGGGCGCUACCUUGAGCUCGAGUUCUGCUUGAAGCACAGGACCUGUCCCCCUGGAUUUGGAGUGCUACACGUUGGAACCCCAGAGCGAAAUACAGUUUGCAGAAGAUGUCCAGAUGGAUUCUUCUCAAAUGAGACGUCAUCUAAAGCACCCUGUAGAAAACACACAAAUUGCAGUGCUUUUGGUCUUCUUCUAACUCAGAAAGGAAAUUCAACGCAUGACAAUAUAUGUUCUGGAAGAAGUGAAUCAACUGAAAAAUGUGGAAUAGAUGUCACCCUGUGUGAGGAGGCAUUCUUCAGGUUUGCUGUUCCUACCAAAUUUACCCCUAACUGGCUAAGUGUCCUGGUAGACAGCUUGCCUGGCACCAAAGUAAACGCAGAGAGUGUAGAGAGGAUAAAACGGCGACACAGCUCGCAAGAGCAAACUUUCCAGCUGCUGAAGUUAUGGAAACAUCAAAACAAAGACCAAGAUAUGGUCAAGAAGAUCAUCCAAGAUAUCGAUCUCUGUGAAAGCAGUGUUCAGCGGCACAUUGGGCACGCAAAUCUCACCUUCGAGCAGCUUCGUAGCUUGAUGGAAAGCUUGCCGGGGAAGAAAGUCACAACAGAAGACAUUGAGAAAACAAUGAAGGCAUGCAAAUCAAGUGAGCAGAUCUUGAAGCUGCUCAGCCUGUGGAGAAUAAAAAAUGGCGACCAAGACACCCUGAAGGGCCUAAUGCAUGCACUAAAGCACUUGAAAACAUACCACUUUCCCAAAACUGUCACUCAGAGUCUGAAGAAGAUCGUCAAAUUCCUUCACAGCUUCACGAUGUACAAAUUGUAUCAGAAGCUCUUCUUAGAAAUGAUAGGGAACCAGGUCCAAUCAGUCAAAAUAAGCUGCUUAUAACCGGAAAUGGUCAUUGGGCUGUUUCCUCACAAUGGACCAGAUCCGAUGGAUGAAUAAACUGUUUCUCAGGCACUUGACAAGGGGUACAACGAUUUCUUUCUCAUCACCAAGGACUGGAUUUGGCCACAGGGCACAAAAAGAAACUAUGUUUUGGAGAAAGAACUUAACAUCUCCCUCCAAAGUUCAAUAAACCCCAAAUAGUUUAUCCAACUGACAGAUCUGGUCCAAUAUCUACUGACUAUGUUUUCCCUUAUUACUGCUUGCAGUAAUUCAACUGGAAAUAAGAAACUAGACUCCAUUGUGCCUUACUAAAUAUGGGAAUGUCCAAUUUAAAUAGCUUUGAGAUUUUAGCUGUGCUGGAGGCUUUUAUUAGAAAGCCAUAUAUUUUUCUCUGUAAAAGUUACUAAUAUAUCUGUAACACUAUUAUAGUAUUUGCUAUUUAUAUUCAUUCAGAUAGAAGGUUUGUACAUAUUAUCAUCCUAAAGGGAAAUUGUGUAAGACUUAAUAUUAGAAAGAAAAAAAUAUAUGUUCUGUUUAUUAUUAUGACAAAUGAAAGAGAUAAAAUAUAUUUUUUAAUGGAAAGUUUGUAGCAUUUCCUAAUAGCUACUGCCGUUCUUCCUGUGUGGAGUGUUUUUGUAAUAUAAUUUUAUCUGUAUAAGCUGUAAUAUCAUUUUAUAGACAAUGCAUUAUGUAGUCCAUUGUUUAAUGUUGGAAAGUGUAUGAAAUAUAAAUUAUCUGAAUAUUAGAUGCUCUGAGAAAUUGAAUGUACCUUAUUUAAAAGAUUUUAUGUUUUUACUAUAUAAACAACAUCAUUAAAGUUUUCAAAUUAUUUUU